AACCAGUUCUGAGAAUGAGCCCCCCAGGUGGAAGGGCCGCAGUGAUCAUGGGGAGGAGUGGACCACAGUGUUGUGUGAUUUGCUUUGAUAAAGGAAGGUCUUCUGGAAGUCAUGUGGACGUGAUGCGUGCAAGGAGGUGUGCACGCUUUGGACUGCCAGUGGGCGGCCAUAGAGACUGUGUUGAACACCUCACAGAUGCCCGUGGAGUGGACAAAUGGCAAGAAAACCUGUGACUUCGGCGAUGGUUGCCAAGACACGUUAAUGCUCAUAGAGAAUGGACCCCAAGUGAACUUGGUGCUCACAAAGGGCUGCACUUCAGAAAAGGAUCACGAGGUCCAAGUCACUGAGCACAGGACAGGCCCUGGGCUCUCUGUCAUCUCCUACACUCAUGUGUGCCGUCAUAGAGACCUCUGCAAUGACCUGUCCACCUCUGUCCCUCUCUGGUCCCUGCAUACUGAAAAAGUCCUAGGGACCCUGCAGUGCCCAGUCUGCUUUUCCAGAUACAACUGUCCAGAGAAGGCUUCACAGCAGUUCUGCCCUGUGGGACAGACUCACUGCUACAAUGGAGUCCUCAAGCUCAGGGGAGGGGGAAUUGCCACCAAUCUGAAAGUACAGGGGUGCUUGCCCAAACCAGGCUGUGACCUGCUCAAUGGGACCCAGAAAAUUGGCCCCAUUGCUGUGAGUGAGAACUGCAAUCCUAAGUCAGAUACUCUGACCUGUAACCGGGGGGUCAUGUUGCAGAUGGGGAGAAAGUUGGCUCAAGACCCCGUUGAAUGGACCUCAUCCACGAACCAGAUGUGUGAUCCUGAGGAGGUGUGUCAGGAGACACUGAUGCUCAUAGACGUAGGACACAGAUCUCUCCUAAUGGGGAGCAAAGGCUGCAGCAAGGCUGGGGCACAGAACUCUCAGGCUGUCUCCUUACACUCCCGGCCGCCUGGAGUGCUGGUUGCCUCCUAUGUCCGGGUCUGCUCCUCUGACCUGUGCAACAAUGCUGGCAGCAGCAGUGUCCUGCUGACCUCCCUUCCUAAGCCAGCUGCUCCUGCCCCAGGAGGCCUGCAGUGUCCUGCCUGUGUACAGUUUCUUGGAUCCUGCUCACAAAGCUCCAACUUAGUUACCUGCCCUAGUGGUGUCACUCAUUGUUAUGAUGGUAACAUUGCUGUCAACGGAGGUGGGUUGUCCACCACACUGAGCAUUCAAGGUUGCAUGGCCCCAGCUUCCAAAUACUUGCUGAACCACACACGGAAUGUUGGGAUCUUCUCUGUACGUGAGAACUUUGAAGAUGAUAACAAGGAGCAAAGCCGUGUAUCCCAAAGUGGAGUAGCCCGGGCCACAUACCUGCUCUGGGUGAUGGGGAUGGGGCUAUUCCUAGCCCUUUGGAAUGGGGGACUUUACCCUCUCUGCUAAAUCCAUCUCCCCAUGAUUCUUAACCUUUCCUGUCACCUAAACCCAACAAUUGACCUCACAAUCUAAUGGCCUUGGACACUGAAUUAUUUUCCCAUCCUCACUCUGUCUCCUGGUAAUAACAUGGUGGGUGGGGCAGGGAGCAGCUGAACUUACCCUGUAGGAGAGGGGACAUGCAAGUACUUGGCCACAUGCAUCUUAUAAUAAAGACACCCUGUCCUUUCUCCUAA